GAGAAAAAGAGAGAGAGAGAGAGAGAGAGAGAGAGAGAGAGAGAGAGAGAGAGAGAAUUUAAGUGGAUAUUUAAGUGUCUCAAGUGAGGAAGGUGGUCAGAGAAUGGCUGGGAGGAAAGCGGCGUGGACAGUGAGCGAGGGGGGGCGGCGUGUGCUGAGGGGGGUUGGGGUGGCAGUGGUGGGGGGGACCUUCCUUGCCCACUACCUUCCUCACACCUUCCUAAUCGACAACGUGCGGCAGGUGACACAGGCUUACAGGAAAGGUCAGCCCAUCUCAGUGCCAGACAAGGUCACGGCACUGGUGGAAAAGGUCAUGGAGGAGAUGGAGGUAGAGGAAGAGGUCAAAGGUCAGGUCAAGAUGUAUACGACCUAUGGGUUUGACCUUUUCCAUGCCGGGUCACUGCGGUCUGCAAACGGGUCAAUCCUCGGGCUGCCCUCAAGUCUUAAGUGGGACGGUGACCUUGAUUUUGAUGGGUCUGGGGUCAUGGUCAACAGUGCACCAGUACAGUGGAACAGCGACGCAGGGAAAGCCUUAAAAAAUUCGCUAAUCUUAUCAGAAAACGCUAAGAAAUUCGCUAUAGCCAGAGAGAUAGCAGGGAUGCGGACCUCACAGGCGGUCACCCAGGCCUCUAUUCCAUGCACGGGGCUCUUGGUUGCCUACUGCAUCAGCCUGGGAAUCAAUAAACGCUUGAAUCUAUACGCGAAACCAAGAUUUUUGCGAUUAUGUCUAUAUUCUAUUGCUAGUUUGUUUGGGUAUAGUGCGUACGUGUUGGUGAAGGAUAUAGACAGUGUGGCCAGUGAUGGGAGGGGUGAUGGGGAAGCUGCAGCGAUGGGAAGGGCGUAUAUCGAAGGGGGAGUGGAGUUUUACGAGAAGGUUCUGCAACGGAACAUCGCGUUGAGGGAACUGAUGGGUGACGAUGGAAGAAAGAUUUACACAGCGAAGGGCAAUGAUGAGGUAAGUGAUGGGGUGAUGGGGAGGGGUGAUGGGGGUACAAUAACGGGUCAUUUUUUAUAGUA